AUGGCCGUCCAGCCCCCCAACCCGGCUUCUCCUGUUCCCCUCGUCCGGGCAGCCAAUCUCGGCGGCUGGCUCGUCACAGAGGGCUGGAUCCUGCCCUCCCUCUUCGACGGCAUCCCUAACAACGAUCUGCGGGAUGACACGCAGCUGCAGUUCAGGUCCGUCACGCAGAAUGCGUUCAUAGCCGCCGAGAAUGGCGGCGGGGCGGCAUUGGUCGCCAACCGGGCCUCGGCCUUCGGCUGGGAGUCCUUCAAGCUCGGGCGAAUCGACACGAACACGUUCAACUUCAAGGUGUUCAAUGACCAAUUCGUUACCAUCGCCGGUGUUAACGCGGUGGCCACGGCCGCCAUGGCCGGGAAGACAGAGAUGUUCCAGCUACUGCACAACGACGUUGACAAAAAUAGGAUGAGGAUCAGAGCACCGAAUGGGUCCUUCUUGCAGUGGGGCCCACCUGUCAGCAUCACUCUUCUUCUUCCUCGUCUCUCUGGCAUUUCCUCAAACACCUCGUGUGCAUUGGGGCUUGAGCUCCGAACUCCUCCAUGGCGACGCCCCGGCGCAGUACGUCACUGGCGUUGGUUGGGCACUGGAACGGCGGGGCAACCAAGACUGUUGGAGCUGUGGAAACGGCCGCCGAAGCUGACGGAAUUUCCUCCAAAGCCGUCGGCAAAUAAAGAUGGUUCGAUGACGGCAAACUUUGGCAAGAGCACGACCUGGGGAGACGAUGAUCCGUCUGUGUUUGUAGUGACCAUAGUCAAUUGGGUGCCCUCCAUCUUCGAUGGCAUCCCCAACAAAGAUCUCCUGGUGUCCAACAACCAGUUUGUGACCGUCUCCGGUGUUAACGUGGUGGCCACGGCCUCCGCGCCGGGGCAGACUGAGACGUUUCAGCUAGUGCGCAGCUACGGCGACAAGAAUAGAAUGAGGAUCAGAGCAUCAAAUGGGUCCUUCUUGCAGGCAAAUAAAGAUGGCUCGGUGACGGCCAACUUCGGCGAGAGCACGACCUGGGGAGACAAUGAUCCGUCCGUGUUUGCAGUGAACAUAGUCAACGGGCCACAAGGGGAGUACCAGAUUUGCAAUGGCUACGGCAAAGAUAUGGCUACACAAGUCAUGAAUAACCACUGGAGCACAUAUAUCGUGGAAACCGAUUUCGCGUUCAUGGCAGCAAACAGUCUGAACGCGGUGAGGAUCCCUGUGGGAUGGUGGAUCGCCAGCGACCCCAACCCUCCAGCUCCAUUCGUGGGAGGCUCUCUCCAAGCAUUGGACAUCGCGUUCACAUGGGCAGAGAGGCACAACAUUCACGUGAUAAUAGACUUGCAUGCCGCACCUGGGUCGCAGAACCCCGACGCGCAUAGCGGUGGUAGGGAUGGCUCGCAGACAUGGGGAGACUCCCAAAUCGCGCAAACUGUGCAAGUCAUUGAUUUCCUCGCCGCAAGGUACGCCAAGAGAUCAAGCCUCCUGGCCGUGGAGUUGAUGAAUGAGCCGGUUGCUCCCGGCGUGUCCUUAGAUAGCCUGAAAACAUACUACCAACAAGGCUACAAUGCCGUUAGGAGGCACUCACUUACAGCCUAUGUGAUCAUGUCCAACCGUCUUUCAGGAUUUUCGUUGGAGCUCCUCGACUUUGCCUCACAGUUCAACAGGGUCGUCCUCGACAUGCACUACUAUGCGUUGUUCGAUAAAAAGUUUGAUAGUUUCACUGUGCAGGAUAACAUUGAUUAUUUCAACAACUUCAUCGCCAGUGAAAUCAACGCUAUAAAUAGGCCAGAUGGCCCUCUCACAUUUGUUGGUGAAUGGGUGGCUGAGUGGCAGGUAAAGGAUGCAACAAAAGAGGACUUCCAACGGUUUGCAAAUGCGCAGAUGGCUGUGUAUCGGAAAGCCACAUUUGGAUGGGCUUACUGGACCUACAAGAAUGUUAACAACCACUGGAGCAUGCAGUGGAUGAUGGACCCCUACAUCUCCUUAGGAAAUGCUUGA